GUGACUCACGUGACCAGGAUGUGUCUUGGAUGGGACACUGAAUCGUUCACACCACCGCCAUCAGAACUUGGAUGCUUCAGGACCAGAACAUGUUUGCAACUCUGGUUCUGCUCGUGGUCACUCUGUGUGCUCAGGGUGAAAGCAGCAAGGAGCCACACAAACCUGGUCACGUUUCAGUGGUGGUCGUGGGAGGCACAGGUGAUUUGGCUAAGAAGUACCUGUGGCAAAGUUUUUUCCAUCUGUAUGUGAACCAGGUCAGCAGUGGACACACCUUCUCUUUCUAUGCUGGAGGACUUUCACCUACAGACAAAAACACGCCAGUCUUCUUUGAAAUACUAAAGACCGUGACUUGUUCGAAGGAUGUACCUCAGGAACGAUGUGCUCUUUUGAAAGAGCAAUUCCUAAGACUCGCACAGUAUCGACAGUUGAAGACCGUAGAAGACUACCAGGAGCUGGCCAAGCACGUUGAGCAGCAACUUAAACAAGAGGGAAUGGUGGAGGCAGGGAGACUCUUCUACCUCUCAGUACCAGCCUUCACUUAUGCAGACAUUGCAGAUAAAAUUAAUCAUAGCUGCAGACGAACCAGCGGCGCAUGGCUGAGAGUGGUGCUGGAGAAGCCUUUUGGUCACGACUACAGGAGUGCACAAAUUCUAGCUUCUCAACUCGGAAGCUCCUUGAAGGAAGAAGAAAUGUACAGAAUUGACCAUUACUUGGGGAAGCAGGUUGUUUCAAAGAUACUUCCAUUCAGAAUGGAGAACAAGGAGUUUCUGGAUCCCAUUUGGAACAAGAACUAUAUCGAGAGAAUAGAAAUUGUAUUGAAAGAAACCCUGAAUGUUAAAGGCCGUAUUCCCUUCUAUGAUCAGUAUGGGGUGAUCAGAGAUGUUAUCCAAAACCACCUGACAGAAGUCAUGACCCUGCUGACCAUGAGGCUUCCCAUGAAUCUGAGCAGCAGUGAAGAAGUUCUCCAAAACAAGCUGAGAAUCUUCAGUUCCAUGCUGCCUUUAGGAAAGAAGCAAGCUGUGAUAGGCCAGUACCAGGCCUACAAAACAGAAGUUGAGAAGGAGCUAAAUAAUACGAAGAAUUACGUUAGCCACAUACCAACAUUUGCUGCGAUUGUGGCGCACAUUGACUUGGCUCAGUAUGACGGCGUGCCAAUAUUUAUGAUGUCGGGGAAGAUGUUAGACGAGCGAGUCGGGUAUGCACGAGUUCUUUUCAAGAAUGACAUCUUUUGUGUUCAAAACCAGAACAGCAUUCCCUGCAAAUCCAAACAGAUCGUUUUCUACUUUGGACACGGCGCCCUUCAAUAUCAAGCCAUUCUUGUGAGUAAGAAUUUAUUCAAGCCAGUUUUAAUCAACAGCGAGUGGAAGGAGGUGACGGAACAUACAGAUGUCAAUGUGCUGGGUUUACCCAUUUCAGACUACUAUGUGCAUACUCCAAAAGUGCAGAAAGACGCUUAUGCAGAACUUAUCUCUCACAUCUUUGCUGGACGCAAAAAUUGUUUUAUUAGUACUGAAAACCUCCUGGCUUCCUGGAGCUUUUGGACACCCCUGCUUAAUAGCCUAGACCACGCUUUCCCACGCAUUUACCCAGGAGGUGCUGGCAAUGGCCACAUCUUGGAUGUCUCUCUGAAAGGGAGAAACAUUGACUACACAAAUGAAGUUAUAAUAAUCAGCCCUGAUCAAAUGAGCAGCACAUCAGUGGACAGUUUCCAGGUGGUACAAGGCAAAUAUCGUAGUGCUGACAUGGUAUCUGCCUGGGCUGAGGCACUAGUUGAGAGGUUAGCUGUCGACAUAGAGGAAGCAGCUGAAGCAGCAGUGAGAGAGGGUGAGGUCUUCCACCUUGCCCUGUCUGGAGGUUCUACUCCCCUAGCACUGUUCCACAGAUUGGCCCUGUACCACUUCUCCUUCCCCUGGAGGAACACCCACGUGUGGAUGGUGGAUGAGCGCUGUGUGCCACCAACUGAAUUUGAUUCCAAUUUCUAUAGCUUGCAUGACCAUCUGCUGCAACAUGUGAGGAUUCCUUAUUACAACAUGCACCCCAUGCCAGUGCAACUCAACCAGCGUUUAUGCGUGGAGGAGGACGGAGGCACAUUGCUGUAUGAGAAAGAGAUCAGCAAGUGGGUAAAUGGAUCCAGCUUCCAUUUUGUACUCUUGGGAGUUGGUUAUGAUGGCCACACAGCCUCUCUGUUCCCUGGCAAAAAAUCAGAUGGCCUUGAGAAAUGUCUGGUAGCCCUCACUGAGAGCCCCGCCAAACCUCACCAGCGUAUGAGCCUGACUCUCACUGCUAUUAACCGUGCCAGAAAGGUUGCUCUUUUGGUGAUGGGCAAAGGCAAGCAUGAGCUGAUCAUCCAAAUGAGCCGGUCAAAAGACAACCCAGAAAAAUGGCCCGUCACAGGGGUAAAGCCCACUGACGGCAAGCUUGUUUGGUAUAUAGACUAUGAUGCACUCUUAGGAUAGGAAUUACCCACCUAACAUUCAAUCCCACAGGUGUGUUUGUAGCUGGGUGUUUCAUGAGAAUGUAUCAGCCAGCACUUGAAGGACCGGCGAUUUUGUGUUGGGUUAUUAUCUACAAAUUACAUAUACAGAACAUUAUUAUUGACCAUUAAGCAUACACUGAUGUUUUUCAGUUCAUUGCCUUUCAAAUGGGGAUGGAUCAAUAAUUCUAUGGGUCGUUGGUCCUAUGGGUCAUUGGAGCAAGCUAAAGCCAUUUGUAGUAGAUCCUGUGGCAAAAGUUUUAUAUGCACAUCUGACUUUAAUAUAACUAACCACAACAAUGGACACAGUACUGUGCAUCUCAAACACAAUCUAUUCAUAGUAUACUUGGGUCUCUGAUGAUGCAGAAAUAUUAUGUGUCAGACAUAAUAUUAUAAAUAACUCAGGAGUGUUCAUCUCCACAGAAAAUUUAUGUUCGGUCUAGUCUUUGGUGAUAUUGCAUUUGUAAUGUAUUUUUCAAGUGACACAGAAAUUGUAAUGUAUCCAUGACCCCAUUCAACAGUACCAUCAUCAUUGUCAUGUCAGUAUUUUAGAAUCAAGAGAGUGCUUCAGUAUAGUAUCGUCCAUCCAUUCAAUAUUAUGCACAAUCAUAUAACAUAAACAGGCUUUCUUUUCUCAGUUACCACCUUCAUGCUGCGCACAAUACCAUGAGUCAGUGCUGCAGCUGGAGUCCUGGUUCUGAACUGUAACAAAGUCUCUGAGUGCUUUUGCAUUUCCUGGACGCUGCUACAUUGCUGCGACAGACAGUUUUAUUCUUUGCCUUGUUGCACCAUUCACAAGGAACUGUAGGACCAAUGACCUAUAGGGCCAGCAACCCAUAGGACUACAGGCCUGUAAUCUUUCCAACGGCUACUCCGUUUGUUUGAAUGAAUAUCAGGAUCAGGUUUUUUUUUUUUUUUUUUUUUUUUGGGAUAAUCCUCUUUGUUUUUUUUGUUUGUGUCAAAGAUGAAAGUUUUCCCUGAAAUGCGUUAUCUUAAGACAUGGAGUGCAUCUAUUAAUUGUAACCUGUAACUGCAUGCUAAGGCUAACUGUGGUUAGCAUUUCCUCUUAUCAAUAUGAAUAUCAAUAUGAGCUCAAUAUGAAUGGAGCUAUGUCCAGUAUAACUGUUGCGUUUCUCUUUACAAAUUUCAUCAUCAUUUUGUGUAAUGACUGUCAGAGUUGUUUUGAGGAUGGUGCCAAAAUGUGACUAUGGGACACUAAAAGCAUAGCCCUUUUUUUUUUUUUAACUUGACUUAGGACUGGGCAACAAUAUUACAGUAAUAAAAUUUAAAAUUCACUGACAUGUCACAGUGAGGCAUUAAAUGUCUUGACUUCACAUCUCUAGUUGAUGUGUAGCGAAUGAAUCCUUGGAAGGUUGGAAAUAAAUUUAAAAAGUUGUAAGAUUUGAAAAAUGGUAUAGUUUCUUGUUAAUAAUGACACAUUACUUCUAAUAUAAAUUUAAUUUCAAAACCUUACUGAAAGAAACUUUGAUUUUGAAAAUUUAGACAAAUGUAUGAAGUAUACAUGUCUCCAAGUUUAGAAAGCAGAAAGAAUUGAACACUGAAAGUGUUUGCUGUUCCAAACACUUGCACCAGGAGUUGUGUUUGUCCAGUUUCAAG